UCAGCUUGAAUGUUUUUCGAUUAAAUAAUAUUCCGUUUUCGGUUUAAUGUGCCUUCGAUUUAAUUUUUUACUAAAAACAAAUUGAUUGCUAUCUAUUUCAUUGUUAACUAUGUGUAAUUUUACAUUUUGAAAUUCUCAUAAUCAUUAAUUCAUACCAAUUUAGAUGAAUUUGUGUAUACUAAAUUAAAAUAUGAUGGAAUCCGAAGAUCAUACUAAAUUUUUCCAUGUGGACGAGUUAAGAUUGAUACUCGACUACUAUUUUGAACACCCUCCGCCUUGGGCGCAACACGAUUCACCACCAUCGGUGAAAAAGAAAAAAAUGUCUGACAAAGACGUUAAAGUAGCUGAAGAAGUAUUACAACUGUUAAACUUAGCUGCUGAACAUUUUCGAGAUUUAUGGAAUUGGUCGGAAUUUGCCGAUCAAUUUUUAAAUCAUCAUGAUUCAUACGUAGUUUGGUUGGCAUGUCAAUGUAUGGCUAUUGUUUUACAAUUGACUGAAGCUGAUAAAUCGUUGCUUGUCAAUCGAUUUAUGGAUUCUAAAACAAAUUUGGAACACAACCUUUCAUACAAUCUGAAAUUCAAAUUUAACGAUAAAAAACACUUACAAUCUUAUAUAACUCAAGAAUACGUCACUAUUGAAGAAAUAUCGCUGCCACUAGUUGGUUCUCCUAAAAAGAAUAACGAGCUUAUACUCGUUAAUUCAACAAAAAAGAACUUAAGAAAUCUGUCUCUUGCCGUUUCUGCUGGUAAAGUUGUGUGUUUAGUCGGUCCUGUUGGAAGUGGCAAAAGUGUUUUAAUACAUUAUCUAGCAAAUAUUACCGGACAUAAUGAUGGAAAGUUAUUGACCGUUCAACUUGGCGACGAAACCGAUUCUAAAAUGAUGCUUGGUUCUUAUCAUUGUACUGACAUUCCAGGGGAGUUUGUGUGGCAACCAGGCGUCUUGACUAAGGCUGUGACUGAAGGAUUAUGGCUUUUACUCGAGGAUAUAGACUCAGCAUCCAGCGAUUUGGCAGCGGUUCUUGUUUCACUUAUAGAAAGUCGUUCAUUGACCGUUCCUGGAUUUAGAGAUAGAAUUGUUCCCACCACCGGAUUUCAGCUUUUCUUUACUCAACGAAUUUUAACUACCGCAAGUGGAUACCACCAAAAACAUAAUAUCGCCACUGAUUUAUUAGGAAAACAUUAUGUUCAAGUAAACGUCGAACCUUUGAGCAAGAACGAACUUAUUGAAGUUGUAGAAAUCAAGUUUCCAGUUUUAAAGUCUGUAGCUGCUAAAAUUAUAGACGUUUUCUUAUUGUUUUCUGCUGGUUUUCAUGAUAGUGAUGAUUCUGUAAAAAUAAGAAGUAUCGGACGAUUGACGUCAACUAGAGAUUUGAUGAAAUGGUGUGCAAGAGCUAUUAACAAUUACAAUGUAACAUCAAGCGAAUCGGCUUUGAAAGUGAUUCAAGACGCCAUAGAUAUAUUCUGUUGCAGCGCUGUCGAUUCAAAAACACGGAUUGAGCUGGCAUGUCAUGUCGCUUCUUUAAUUGGUGUAAUUAAAACAAAAGCUCAGUAUAUUUUAAACGAGUAUAAACCUACUGUUGUCCUCGAUGAAAAAUUUUGCAUAGCGGGGCGUGUAACAUUGCCACGUAGUGGAUCGUUUCUUACAGAUAACUCCACAUCACAUUUUAAAUUUGCUUUAACACGUUCUUCAUCAUGUCUACUUGAACGAGUUGCAUGUUGUAUUACUGCACAAGAAUCGGUGUUGCUCGUCGGUGAAACUGGUACUGGUAAGACGUCAACACUUCAGUUAUUGGCUAAGCACACUGGAAACAAAUUGAUUGUCUUAAAUAUGAACCAACAAAGUGAUAGCGUUGAUCUCAUCGGUGGGUACAAACCUGUGGAAUUAAAGUUCAUUAUCAAACCUAUUCGAGAACAAUUUGAAAAUCUGUUUCGAGCUGAAUUUGAUAUAGAACAAAACACCAAAUUUCUGGGCCACAUAUCGACUUGUUUUAACAACCAUGAAUGGCAUAGUUUGAUAAAACUGAUGAAACAUGUAAUACAAAAGGCUAUUAAAAAAAAUACAAAAAAUGGCAAACCAGUUGAACGAUGGUUAGAACUAAAUGAAAAAAUUUUACGCUUUGAAACUCAACUUAAACAUUGUCAUACGGCAAUGGCGUUUGCUUAUGUUGAAGGAAGUCUAAUCCGUGCAGUCAGAGAAGGUUAUUGGGUUUUGUUGGAUGAAAUAAAUCUUGCAUCAGCUGAAACGUUGCAGUGUUUAUCGAGCUUACUUGAAUCCGAUGGUACUAUUACUGUAAAUGAACGAACUGAUACUAGGCCAAUAACAAGACAUGACAAUUUCCGAUUAAUGGCAGCCAUGAAUCCGGCUACUGAUGUUGGUAAAAAAGACUUGCCGCCGGGCAUAAGAAAUAGGUUUACUGAAUUUUUUGUCGAUGAGCUGACUGAACGUUCUGACUUAAUUACAAUGACGGCGUGCUACCUUCCGGACUAUCCAGCUCAAAAGCUAAACGCGUUGUCCAAAUUUUAUCUGCUAGCUAAACGUGAAGCGGAAAAGUCCUUAGUCGAUGGAACUGGACAUAAACCUCAUUACAGUCUACGAACUUAUUGCCGUGCCUUGGCUAUAGCUUCGUCAAAUCCCUGUCAAUCUGCACCAAGAUCGUUGUAUGAAUCAUUCUGUUUGAGUUUUUUAACACAAUUGGAUAGUGCUUCUCAUAAACUAGUAGAGUCAUUAAUUGCUACGACAAUAUUCGGUGAAAAGUUAAUUCAAGGAGUAAUCAAUCAACCAAUAUCUAAACCGGUCAAUGGAUCUUACGUUCAAUUCGAAGGCUAUUGGAUUCAUAAAGGCGACUCCAAACCUUUGGUUGCUAAAAAUUAUAUACUGACAGAAAGCGUUAAAAAGAAUUUGCGUGAUCUUGUCAGAGCCGUUUCUUUAAGCUGCUAUCCUGUUUUAAUUCAAGGCGAUACUUGUGUGGGAAAAACAAGUCUCAUCACAUACUUGGCUGCUGCGUCUGGAAAUGUUUUGGUGCGUAUUAAUAAUCAUGAGCACACAGACUUGCAAGAGUAUAUCGGUUCGUAUUCUGCUCAGUCAGUAACGGGUCAAUUGAUAUUUAAAGAAGGUGUACUCGUAGAAGCGAUGCGAAAAGGUCACUGGAUUGUAUUGGACGAAUUAAAUUUAGCACCCACUGACGUAUUAGAGGCUUUGAACCGCGUCUUGGACGAUAACCGUGAAUUAUUUAUACCCGAAACACAAACUCUCGUUAAAGCACAUCCAGGAUUUAGAUUAUUUGCUACUCAAAAUCCUCCAGGAUUAUACGGAGGUCGUAAAAUAUUAUCAAGGGCUUUCAAAAAUAGAUUUAUAGAAAUGCAUUUUGAUGAAAUUCCUGCUUCUGAAUUGGAGACGAUAUUGUAUAAACGCUGCGAGAUGCCUCCAUCUUACGCAAAAAAAGUAGUUUUAGUUAUGAAAGAUCUCCAGUCCACUCGUAAAGGUAGUGCGGCAUUUGCAGGAAAACAUGGAUUUAUUACGCUAAGAGAUUUAUUCAGAUGGGGGGAGCGUUAUCGACUGGCAAAUGCUCCAGAUAACUACAACUGGAAUCAGCAUUUAGUGGACGAAGGCUUUUUAGUUUUGGCGUCUAAAGUUAGAAAAACAGAAGAAGAAGAAAUAAUAAUUCAAAUUUUAGAAAAACAUUUCAAGUGUUCUUUAUUAUUGGACAGAUUAUUUACAUUGACCGACAAAUCGUCAUACGUUACACGCCACAUUCUAGAAAAAAUCCAGCGUCCUCCAGUUGGAUUUGAACAAAUUUUUAUGUCAAAAAAUAUUAGACGAAUGGUGGUACUCUGUUGCAAAGCUAUAGAAUUUAACGAACCCAUUUUAUUGGUUGGUGAAACGGGUUGUGGUAAGACGACUGUAUGUCAAAUGAUUGCCGCAAUUAGCUGUAAGAAAUUAUCGACUGUCAACUGCCACCAACACACUGAAAGUUCAGAUUUUCUGGGCGGCUUGAGACCCGUGAGAAGCAAAGAUAAUGAAAAUGACCAUAGACUUUUUGAAUGGGUCGAUGGGCCAUUAAUAAAAGCUAUGGUUGAUGGACACAUGUUUUUGGCUGAUGAAAUAUCUUUGGCCGAUGAUAGCGUUUUGGAGCGAUUUAAUUCGUUAUUAGAACCCGAAAGAAAACUUUUACUAAGUGAAAAAUUAGGUGAUAAUAAUAGCGAUUCGGAGCUUGUAGCGCAUACAGGCUUUUGUUUUGUUGGCACUAUGAAUCCUGGUGGUGACUACGGAAAAAAAGAGUUAUCACCAGCUCUUCGAAAUCGUCUGACAGAAAUUUGGUGUGAAAAUUGUUCGGACAACGCCGAUUUAAUUCAAAUAGUUAAUGGAAACUUUUUGACAUUCCACAGCGCAAGUUUAUAUUUAAGUGAAUCAAUGGUACGAUUUGUUAACUGGUUAAAAGAUACUGAUUACAUUAGAAAUUAUUUAAAACUCAACAUUAGUAUUAGAGACUAUUUGAUAUGGGUACAGUUUAUUGAAUCAAUGAUGGGUCAGUUACCGACAAACAACCCAUAUUACAACACCUUAAAAGCAUUCAGGACUUUUUACAAAGAAGGAGCGAUAAUGAUUUUUUUGGAUAAAAAAACGUGUUUAGAACCAUCUUAUGACGAAGCUAUUGACUCUGCUCUACAAGAGUCGUUAAAAGAAAAAAACCAACAAUUGGAAAUUAAAGAAGAUUUAUUUGAUAAUUUGCUUCAGUUUUUCCCAUCAAAAUGUACACCAAAAUUGUUUGGUUGUGACGGAUAUUACAUUCCAAAAGGUAAUUUACCAGAAGUAUCAAUCCCCGAAUUUUCUUUCGAAACUCCUAUUACGAAGCAAAAUGUCAUUCGUUUAUUACGAUGUAUGCAAAUUAGCAAUCGGGCUAUACUUUUAGAAGGUAGUCCGGGUGUUGGGAAAACCAGUCUCGUUCAAGCAAUUGCUAAAGCUUCUGGUCAUAAACUAAUAAGAAUUAAUCUCUCUGAACAAACAGACGUAUCAGACUUAUUCGGAGCAGACUUACCGACAGACGGUGGCGAUGGUGGUAGUUUCGAAUGGAGAGACGGUCCAUUUUUGAGAGCGUUAAAAGAAGGCAGUUGGAUUCUUUUAGAUGAGUUAAAUUUAGCCUCGCAAUCUGUUCUUGAAGGGUUGAAUGCAGUUCUCGAUCACAGAGGUGAAUUGUAUAUUCCAGAACUCGGACGGACAUUUUUAAUCAAAUCGAACGAAACAAGAUUAUUUGCUUGUCAAAAUCCAAUGAAUGAGGGUGGAGCGAGAAAAGGACUGCCAAAAUCAUUUUUGAAUCGAUUUUUGCAGGUGCAUUUAAAUGUCCUAGACAGUAGUAACAUUGUUAAUAUAAUACAAAAAUUAAACAUUUCAAAUGAAAAGAAAGUACAGUCGUUAAAUUUAGAUCAAGUAGUUAACUUUACUCUAUCAUUUAGCCAAAAAUAUAAUAUGGACUUGAACUUGAGAGAUAUAUUGCGAUGGGUUGAAGUAACAAUUAAAUUGGAUUGUAAUAUACUAGACCAUCUUUCAUUAAUAUAUACCAAUCGCAUGCCCAGUCUAAAAUGUCAAGAAGAAGAAAUUUUCAAUCGGAUGAAAAUAUUAUUAAAUGUCGAUUGUGAAAAAUAUGAUUACAUUAGAGUAUUGCCAUCUGCGGUUCUAUUUAAUAGAUUUGCAGUACUUCGAAAGCGUACGCUUGGAACCCCAGUUGAUCGCAGUAACCAAAAUUUAAUUCUUAGAUCCCACAUUCAUACGUUAAACUCGUUGGCUGUUUGCGUAAAAAUGAAAUGGAUGCCCAUUUUGGUGGGUAGCAGCUGCGGCAAAACUUCAGUCAUUAAAACACUCGCUCAAUUGUGUGGCCAAGAAUUGCGCGUGUUGUCCGUAAACAGUUCCAUGGAUACUAUAGAAAUAUUAGGUGGAUUUGAACAGGCUGACUAUAAUAGACAUCUAGAAGAAAUAGCAAAACGAGUAGAAUACGCAAUCUAUAAUAAAGUUAGCCUACAACUCUUAAAAGGUCAAAGUGAUAUUUUAAUGCUAGCAUUGUGGUAUGAAUUUAAAAGAAUGUCAGAUGUCCAAAACAACACUGGAACUACUAUGGCGUCGGAAACUUUUCUAUUUCAAAAGCGGAUUUCAGCUUUAGCAAAAAUAACCAGUUUGUUGGAGUAUUAUGACUAUUCAAAACAACUUCAACUUCUUGCUGAUAGGGUGACCAGUUCCGGUAGCUUAAAUGCUGGUGGAAAAUUUGAGUGGAUCGACAGUUUAUUGGUUAAAUGUUUAAAAGACGGUUCGUGGCUGUUGAUUGACAAUGUAAACUUGUGCAGUCCAGCCGUUCUUGAUCGAUUAAACGGUUUACUAGAACCAAAUGGCUGUUUAGUUUUGGGUGAAAAAGGUAUUGGUUCCGAUGGAGAAAUAACAACUAUCAGACCUCAUGAAAAUUUCAGACUAUUCUUAGCUAUGGACCCAAAACAUGGAACUAUAUCAAGAGCAAUGAAAAAUCGAGGAGUUGAAAUUUACAUGCAUCCAUUGGAAGAACUCAACGAGCAUGAUAUUCAUUCGUUGAUCAAGUUACAAGGUGUUGACAGUUACUCAAUAAGAAGUACAAUUAUUAAAAUUCAUCAAUUUAUUAAAAAAUUAGCAUCGGGCGUUGUUAUUGGCAUUAAUCAUUUACUUCGAACCGCUUAUUUAAUAUCACAAAAUUCAAAACGAAAUCUGCCAAUUUUGGAAAUUGUUCGUGAAACAUGUACUGAUGUUUAUGUACGAUGUUUGAUUGGCAAUUUAAAACAAAAUGCAAUUUUAGAAAUUGAUAGAAUUUUAGAAGAGCAUAGCGAAGUGGUUAGUGAUGUCUGGUAUCCUAAUCUAAAAACACUCGAUGUUUUGCAAUCAGCAAAUUUGUGUUAUGUAAAUCAACUGUGUGAUGUUUUAAAACAUUAUAAGAACUUAAGUGAUACUAGCAUAGAAGAUUUGCUGUUAUGCUAUUUUGGCCGAUCAUCGAGUGCAGAUAUUAGUACUAGAUGCAAAUGGCUAUUGAUGAAUUUCAAUUUUGAAUCUGACGUAAUUCUUAAUUUUGUAAAACAAGUUGAAUUUUUACAAUUCGAUAAUUUAACAUAUUUGCCAAAGAAAGUGGGUGACAAUAUAGACUGGAAUAAUUUGCCUUACGACUGUAGAUAUUUACCAGCCGUCUAUUAUAAUGGAAUUAACGCAAAUAUGCCAUGUGCAGAAAACAAAAUGCAUCUGAUGUUGGAACACACAUUAAAUAAGGCUGUAGAUGAGAGUUCUGCUGCAUUAAAAAAAAAUAAAAAAAGAGCUAUGAUACAAAAUGGCGGAAUGCUUCACGAUUAUGCGGUAUUGUCGGUCGCUUUUGAUGAAUUUGUUGAUUUCUUUAUAAGCGAAUGUUCAUUACUUAUUGAUGAAAACAACUAUCGGUCAUUUAAAGAAAUUAUAUGUUGGACUAGAAGUAUCGAGCAGUAUAUAUAUACAAAUUUGGAAAACAGAGGGGAGUUCCUAACGGUGUUGGUGUAUUGCUAUUUCAGCGUAAUCGUUAAUUAUUUUGUACCGUUAAUGGAAUCCAUUACAAUUGGAGUCAAACAUACAUACUUGGAAAGAUUGAAAACAAUGCGAGAUGAAGUCCGAAAGAACUAUUUGACGCCUAAGCGUCAUACAGAGCUCAUGAAAUGCUAUAAACAACAAAUUCCAUCGCAUCAGUGUUGUAAAACUCACGGCGAUGAAAUUGUCAAGAGACAUAAAAAAAAUAAGGACUACAUUUCUAUAAUUAAGUCGAAUAACUUAAAGGGAUUGAUUUCUAAAGAGGCUAAAAACCAAAGACAUGAAAUUAUUCUUAUGGCGCAUUCCAACUGUGAAACGGUCCAAUCGACUACAACUCAAUCUAUUAAACUUGAAAAUAUUGAAAUAAACGAUAUUGAACUUAACGUUAUACCUUUAUGGGAAUUAAUUAUCGAACGGAGUUUCCUCACAAAUUUAAACCAUUUCUUUGAUGAUAACGAUGAGAAUAAUAGUAACAAUGACAUGAAGUUUUUUAAUUCACUUUUGCAAUAUUUACCGACUGUAUCACCAUUAUAUUGUCAUUCAUUAAAAAAUAGUCAAAGAAGUAUUGACUUCCUAUUGGAAGCUUUGAAGCAUUCGUUCAACUCGGUUGCUGUGAAUUAUCCAAAUAACUUUCUGGAAUGGUUACCCAACAACAAUGAAUUUAGAAUAGAUGACGAAGAAACUACUAUUGAGGAAGUGUGUAAACCUGAGGAAACAUAUUAUUCAUUCGAACAACCGCUGUUCAGUGUGUUUAUAAUCAAAAUGUUAUUGAAAGAAAAAGAACCAUACUUUACGUUUGCGCCGAUUCCUAUUCAGUCCAUACAACACACCAAUUAUAACUUGAAGAGCGUCAAACAUUUUAUACAGAAUAAUUCAAAAUGGACUACUGAAAUUCAUUUUAAAAAUCUCAAGAUUUUGCUUAAACUUGCUGAAUUGUUUUUUUCGCCUCUGUUACCUAUUGAUGAUAUUACAUCUAUGGAAGAGCUCUAUCUAAGUAGAGAUAAUGAUAAAUGCCACAAAUCCCUGUGUUACAAAGUUAAUUAUCACGAUACCAUGGUUACUGCUGUUUACGAAGCGGCUAAUGAGAUUGAUUACAUUAAGAAGAAUGUACAUCUUUCGGCGACAUCAGAUGUAGACAAUAAUUUGAGUAGACAAUUGCUAUUUAGUGCAGGCCGUUUGUGGGUACUCUCAGGCAUGUACUUGCUGGAAGUGUUUUCCGCGUUGAGUCCAGUAGAUCCAUUACAAAAACUUAAAGUUAAAAUUGAAUGUUCCGUUUCUGAGAAAAUUAUGCUAAAUGGAAGAUUAAACGCUGAAAAAAUAUUCUCAGAAAUGGAAGGUGUUUCUGAACUGUUUCCAUUUAAAGAAUAUUAUGUUCAAAGACUUAAAGCUUUGAGCGAAAAAAACACAAAUGUAGGCUACAGACCAGAACCUCCUAUAUACAAUGCUAUUUUAGAAGAAGUUACUCGUUUUACAAAAAUGUAUGGUUUAGAUGGUAACACGUAUAAAAUUAUAAAUUCUGAUUUAAAAAAUCGUGAAUCACUUGUAAAUGAAAUAGACAACUGGCUGACAUCGGUUUCAAGUUUUCAUGAUCGACUAUAUGAACAUUAUGCAGCAUACCCGGACAUACUUGCCGGAAUACUUCUUUCAAUAAAUCAGAUGAGGUACGGUAUGAGAAUUUUACGCAACCACUUUAAAUGGUCAGUAAUGAAAGAGGAACAUGUUGCACAUAACGAAGAAAAAUUAUUACAACUUUUUGGUGAAUUUCCUCGAUUCUGUCCCGACAUUAUGGAAAUGGUCGACAUAGACGAAACAGUUUCCAUGAAUACAAACGACAAAUUUAGGUGGUACAAGUUAUGUUUGGAAGAGUUGAAUAACAUGUUUUACCUUAGUGGUCAGCCGUGUGGUUCGGAUCAACACAUGACAGCUAUAAGGAGCGUUGUUGAAAAAUUUGUAUGUAACUGGAAGCGUCUUCAAGAAGAAGAAGAAAGUAAAAAAAUUGAACAAGAAAGUCUGUAUAAGCAAAAAUCGGACAGUGAAACAAUAACCGAAGAGACAGAAAUUGCACAAGGUGUUGCACAACAAUUUCCGACUACAAAACAUACAGAUUUUAAUGAUAUUGAAGGUCCAAAUACACUUGAAAACACUACUGUCGGGGAUAAUAUUUCUCAAGAGCUUUACAGUCUUACUGAUAAAGACAUCAAUGAUAUAUGUCGAUUACAUGACCAAUUAGUACGACCAGCAGCAUUGGCUCAUUGGUUAUCACCAUCCUCGAAAAUUGUUGAUCAAAACGAAGCGUUCAGCAGAAUUCGAAAUACUUUCUCCGAUCGUUUUUGUAUGUUUGGCAAACUUUUAUUGUCAAAAUUUAUGUACUUAGAUUGUUCAAUGGACAGUAAAAUGAUUCCAUGGAUGUUGUUGGCCACUGACAUUGCUAGCAAUCCAAAACAACGGUUAGAUAAAGACUAUUACGACUUCUAUCGCGAUUCCAAUGUAGAGUAUGCUUUGAAAACUUAUGAAGUACUCAAAGAAAUAGAAGACAAAAUUAAAGGGCUGUUGGAGGAAUGGCCAGAUCAUCCUACAUUGCAAACAAUUAUAAAAGUUCUAAAGCGCAUGAUGGGUUUCGAUUGGUCCAGUCCAACAUGUCGUUUUCUUGUUGGCUUAGAACUUCUUCUAACCAAGCUUCAUGAAUGGGAAGAAGUUGCUCAUCGGGGCAUUAGUAUGAAUGAAUUAGUUUUAAAAAUAUCUUACAGUAUCCAAGAAUAUCGAAAUCUUGAGUUGAGCACUUGGAAAGACUGUUUACAGUAUUCUCUCAAAAAGGUGCAGAAUGAUUCAUCUAAGUGGUGGUUUUAUUUGUAUUCAAUUUUCCAAGCAUACAUAAACAAGCAAGACAGUUUUCCACAACUUGUAUCUGCUUUGCAAAAAUUUAUGGAGAGUUCAACGUUGGGAGAGUAUUCGACAAGAUUAGAAUUGCUUUACACGUUUCAUUGUGAUACAAUUAAUAGAGAAAAAUCAAAUGAGCAAACUGAACUAAGCAAUGCUUCUUGGAACUUGUAUAAAUAUUAUUGUCAAUUCGAAAAGCGUAUUCAUACUCGCAUUGAAACCCUAACAGCCGAAGUUAAAAAGAAACUACGAGACUUUGUAAAAAUCGUUAAGUGGAAUGAUAUCAACUACUGGUCAAUCAAAGAAACCGUAACCAAAGUUCAACAAACAUUGCACAAGUACACUCGGGAAUAUGAAGAAAUUUUAAAAAAUUCUGCAUCGUUUGCUAUGAUGACUCAGUCGACUACUUCCGAGACAAAAGUUGAUCCCUAUAUUCUUCCAACAUUUAAUAUUGAUAACUAUUUAAAUGAUUGUGAAAUAAAUUUGGAUAUAUUAGACGGUACAGAUAUUCUGUUGAAUCUUAGCAAAUACUCGAAAAAAUUAAAUACUUUUUCGCGUAAAACAAUGACUAAUUGUUUCUACCCAAAUCACAUUACUGAACUGAAUGAAUUUAUAAAUGGUAUUUUGGAAUCGGCUGAAGAAUUGCGUGUAUUGCAGAUUAAUUUAGAAGCGCCAAAAGACAAACAAAAAUCUCAAGCGAAACAAAUUUUACAACAAAAACGUAAAGCGUUAUCUGAACUGUUUAAGGCUCUAAAACGCAUUGGGUUAUCUUUUAAAGCUGGAUUAAUGGGAUGUGAGCAAAUAAACAAUGCGAUUGAUUUUGCUCGAUUACCGCCGGUGGAUCUAAAAGCGGCACUUGAUUCGUUAUCUCUUACGCCUGCAGAUGACGAUUUACAUUGUGCUUGGUCUGAGAGUGAGUCUUAUUUUUUGAAAUCUGUAUCCCAAAUAGCCGCUCUUAAAGUGGCCUCCGAAAAACCUAAGCUGGGUCAACAAGAUAUGGAUCGUGUUAAGGGUUUUACUAACGACCUUAUGAAAACUACAUGGAAAACUAAAAAAAUAUUGGCUUCUCACGUGGACUCUCUUGUUCAGUUCCGAAGCUUGUUGCAUUUAUCUGAUAUUAUUACAGAUUCUGAUAGUGUAGUUUUCAAUCCUACUGAAGAUCUAAAAUCGCCGAUCAAUUAUGUAGUCAACAGUAUUAAUAUAUUGCAACAAUUUAAAGUAACCUUACAAUGUCGUGAUGAAACGACUAAUUUGACUACAGCUGACAAGCAGACAUCGUUAUUCAAUUUAUUAUAUUCCGAGAACAAUAAGAACAGCGUUCUUAAUAAUUCUAAGUUACCAGACGAUAUCUCAAAUCUUAAUGAAGUCAUAGAGUUGGCUCAAAAUACUCUUAAAGGAUUAGCUGAUGAAAAAACAGUUAGAGCAAUGAAGUUAUGUGAUGUAAAUUUCAUGAGUAACGACCUAUACAAUAAAGCAGUUAAAAUAUGUGAUCUAAUAUCCGAAUACAUAAAUAAGUUUUAUAAUAAAAUUUGGAUGGUGGAAGACCAUUUUGGUAAAAUUCAAUUCCAACACGAGCUAUUUGAUUCUAAUGCAAGUAUCCCUCUUGAACAGUCUUCCUCGUCAAAGGAGGCGGUUAGCCAAUUGAUAAAUUCAAUUUUAUUAUCAGUUGAAAAGCUCUAUAAAAAGUAUAAUAACAUUAAUGUACUAGAAAACAAUGAAUCGAUGUUACUAAAAUGUCAAAUUCUCCAGCCAUUAUUGACUGACUUAGAAGAUUGCAACUUGUCCCAAAUAAACAAAAAACUAAGAAAUGUACUGAAAAUGUCUGUUGGUGAUAAUGUUUUGAGAUCAUGUCUACCGUUGCUUAAACAAUAUGCUUUACUUGUACAAUAUUUUAUUGCCCAACAAACGAUGACGUACAGAGUUUUAUCAAAAAUGAGUUUCACUCUCUCCUCAUUGUUCACUGAUCUUGCUGCAAAUGGAUUUUGUGUACCCGAUGAACUGUUAGAAGGAGAAGACGGUACGCAGUCUGACGGUAAAAGUGGUAUGGGUCUUACCGAAGGUGAAGGAGCAAAGGAUGUAUCGGACCAAAUAGAAAGUCAAGAUCAAUUGGAAGAUGCAAAAAAAAAUUAUGAUAAUGAACCUGAACCAGAUAAAGAUUUAAAGGAGGAAGAAAAAGGCGUAGAAAUGUCUGAUGACUUUGAUGGUAAAUUACAUGAUUUAGAAAAAGAAGAAAAUGAAAAUAGCAAUGAUGAUGAUGAUGAUGAUAAUGAUGAUGAUGACAACGAAAAUAAAGAAAUGGGAGAAACAGGAGAAGGUGCAGAAACUUUGGAUGAGAAACUGUGGGGCAGUGAUUCUGAAGACGAUGAAAAUGGCGAUGAACAGGAAAAUGAAGAAUUAAAAGAAGAUGACGGUCAAGGAGGAGAGUCACAAGGAGACAAACAAAUUGGUGCUAAGAAUGAUAACGAAAAUGGGAAAGGAGAAGAUAACGAAAAAGAAGAAAUAAACCAAAAAGAUAGUAAAAAUGAUAUAAACGAAUUAAAUGAUGAUGGUGAUGAAGCUGGAGAAGAUCAUUCAGAUCCCCAUCAUGGAGAUUUAGAACCACCACCUGAGCCCGAGCCAAUGGAUUUGCCAAAUGAUCUUCAACUCGAUGAGGGUGAAAUGAAUGACAACGAUGAAGGAGAAGAAAAUCCGUUUGAUAUAGAUGCCAUGAAAGAAAAUAUGGAAAAUGCAGCAACCGAUGAUGAACUUAACGAAGAACCCAAAAAAGAUAAAAAUGAUAUGGAAGACACAAGUGAUGAAGAAGAAAACGAAAAUCAAAUUGAUGACACUAAAAUUGGUGAUAAUGAUGAGGGAGUAGAAGAAAAAAAUAGUCCUGAUGAUGAUAUGAAUAACGACGGUGGUAAAAAAGAUGAUAAUAAAACUGGAGAGGAACCACAAAAAGAGGAAAAAGAAGAACUAAAAAAUAAUCAAGAAAACGCUAAACCUUCUGAUGAUGAGCCUAGUAAAGUAGAAGCUCAAUCCUCAAAUCUGGAAAACGGUGGUUCUAAAGAUCAGAUUUGUGAAAAUGCUGAUGGCCAAGACGAUAGUGGAGCAAAUGAAGAGAACAAAGAAGAAGCAAUUGGUCCUGAGCAGCAAGGUAUUGGUCGUUCUCAAAAGGAAAGUAGAGAUACUAAGCAAGGUCAUAGUGCCGAUCAAGAUAAUGGUGCUUCUAGCGAAGAGCCUGGUUUAAAGGAAAAGAAAAGACGGAUGAAACCUGGGCAAAAAGAUACAAAUAGAACUUUAGCUGAAAGUAAUGGACCUAUGAAAAAAAGGUUGAAAACUGCAGACAUUCAGGAAGAAGAUGAAGCAGAGGACGACGAUAUGGAUGAAAGCGGUGCAAACAAAAUAGAAAAUGCCAAUAAAAAAGGAGAUUUGUUUAAACACGUUAAAGAAUCUAAAAAAGAUGAUGUAGAGACAUUAGAUGCAGCAAUGAAUGAACAACUUGAAAACCGACCUAUACCUAAUAACGAAGACGAAGUCGGUGAAGAACUUAAAGAUAAUGAUAUAGAAAUGGAAGAAGACAUAGAAAAAGAAGAGCCUAAACAAGGUGAUGAGUUAUUGCCAGAAAAAGUUAAACCUAAGAAAAAAAAUAACCAGCCAAUUAUGAAUGAAACUGAUGGUUUUGAACAUAAAGAAAUUAAUGAUGAUGAAGAACAGAUUGACAUAGAAGGAGAUGUUGUUUUGACUCAUGGAGUCGAACGAGGAAUGGAAACUAUGUUUCACACAGCAGAAAUAAAAGAUGAUGAAGAAAUAUUUGAAAUAGAAGUCAAAGACCAUAAAGAAUUUUUACAAGAUCAAUACAAUAAAUGGAUGGAGGCUGGAAGUAAUGAUGUUAAUAUAGACGAAGCUUGGAAUAAGUGCAUGGAAGCCACAUCUGGUUUAGCCCAAGAAUUAAGUGAACAACUUCGUUUAGUGUUAGAGCCAAGUAAGGCAUCCAGACUUCAAGGCGAUUUCAGAACGGGGCGACGCAUAAAUAUGAGACGUGUUAUACCUUACAUAGCCAGCCAGUUUAGGAAAGAUAAAAUAUGGCUCCGAAGGACUAGACCUUCCAAACGUCAAUACCAGAUUAUCAUGGCCGUUGACAACUCUAGUAGUAUGAUGGAUAGUCAUGCUAAAGUCUUGGCAUUUGAAUCCUUAGCUUUAGUUAGUAAAGCUCUCACCUUAGUGGAAGCUGGAGAAUUGGGGGUGAUGAGUUUUGGUGAACAAGCCAGAAUCGUUCAUCCUCUUGGUGAGCCUUUUGCCGAUCAAACGGGUGCUAGAUUAGUAUGUGACUUUACGUUUGAUGAACAGAAAACUAAAGUUGGAGAAAUGAUCGAGUUAGCUACUGCGUCCUUUAAGGACCGGGGUCGAUUAGAUAACGGGGAUCAACCAGCCCAACUAUUAGUGAUUAUGAGUGAUGGUCGAGGUAUAAAAAGUGAAGGACCUGAUGUAGUGAGAAAUGCUAUUCGGACAGCUAAAUUGAAUGGUAUAAUCAUUGUAUUUAUCGUUAUAGACAAUCCAACCACAAAGGAAUCCAUUUUAGAUGUCAAAAUGCCAAUAUUUGAAAACAAUAGUGUACGCAUUGAAUCGUACAUGGAUAAUUUCCCAUUUCCAUUCUAUGUGAUUUUAAGAGACGUUGACAAAUUGCCUAGUGUAUUAAGUGAUGCGCUUAGGGAAUGGUUUGAGCUUGUUACAACAUAAAGCCAUUCGUUUUUCUUACAUAAAAUUAAUUAAUAGUUUUACCAUGUUUAUAUAUUUCUUGUUUGUUUUAUGAAUGACUGUUGUUAACGCAAUUAUUUUUUUUUUUAAAUAAAAUAACCUUAU